AACACAUUGAGUGAAUUGCUCUGCUGGUAUUGCAGUAACAACUCGACUGCAGUACUCCUACAUUCCGAUAGGGGCAACAUUUUCUGUAGAGGCCGCUAUAAUAUAUCAACAAAGAAGAAAGACAAACAGAAGCAUCCUGUACCAUGGAGGACUCGACAAGGGUGACUUUCCGUUUCUGCCCACAGUGUGGCACAAAACUGCAGAGCGAUUUUAAAUUUUGUCCUUCGUGCGGGAAGAAGAUCCCCUGUUCUGUUGAUACAUCAGAACGAGAAGACACCUCAGCUCCUACAAACAUCUCUCCUUCUAAAGUCGAUGAAGCCGGUAAAGAGUCCAUCGACUCUCAGGACUCCACAGAGGUACAUGGAUGUUUAAAUUCAAGUACAGUCUCUCCUCGUCCUGCACUGCGAAAGACUCGUAAAUCCUACCGUCUGAACAGAGUGCUCAAAUUAAAUGUGAAUGAAGCCCCUCCCUCCAAGACACAAGUUAGAGGAAAGGCGAGACUCUUACCGCCUGUGGAAGAAGGAGAGAAAUCAGACAAAGCCACAGUAGACGUCGCUAGUGGUGCUUCACCAAAAUCCAAAGCUCUUUCCAAGGCCAAGAAGCCGAAGCACACGGUCGCUUUGCAGACGCUCGAGAACGGCACGGAGAUGACGGACAAGUCAGGCCGGAAGUGGACAGUGAUGCAGCUGCUCAGUCAGAGCGUGACGGAGUUUGUGUAUCAAGUUGUACAAAAAGGGUCCAAAAAGUCCACCCCCAGUGAAUCCAGUUACAUCCUCAAAAUGGGAGCUAAAGACGGAAGAAUCUUCAAUGAGCAGAACUUUCUGCAGAGGGCUGCAAAACCUUCAUCUGUGGAAAAGUGGAUCAAGCAGCAAAACAUGGACUUGCUUGGAAUUCCUACCUGUGCCGGUUUUGGUUUGUACACAGAUUCUUACAGGUUCUUGAUUUUCUCCUCCAUUGGCCAGUCUCUGCCAUCUGUCAUGCAGGACAAGCUUCUUCCAGAGAAGACCGUUCUCCAUCUCACCUGCAGAUUACUGGAUGUGCUUCACUACAUCCAUUCUAACGAGUAUGUUCACUGUGAUGUGAAGGCUGAAAACAUCUACAUCCAAUCAGGACAGGCCACACAGGUAUAUUUGGUUGGAUACUCCCACGCCUUCAGGUACUGUCCCAGUGGAAAACAUGUGGAGUAUGCCGAAGGCAGAAGAGCGCUACCUGAGGGCUCUCUGGACUUUAUCAGCUUGGACGCUCAUAAAGGAGUUGCUCCGUCGCGCCGCAGUGAUCUACAGUCUCUAGGCUACUGCAUGCUGCAUUGGCACACGGGGGUGUUGCCAUGGAGCACCCUCACCGACCCGGACAAGGUGGCCGCCCUUAAACAGAGGUACAUGGAUGACGUUCCAGCACUGUUGAGUCACUGCUUUGGGCAGAAGAGAGAUUCCAGUGCAUUUCUGAGCUACCUGACCGCAGUUGCGAAUCUGCAGUACACAGAGCAGCCCAACUAUUCUGAGCUGAGAGCCAAGCUCAGUGCAGCUUUGACUCAGCUGAGCGGGCAUCUGGACGAACCUCUCGUCUUUUAGAAGAGGACACAUAGGACAAAGAACCUGUGGUUUGUGAAGAAUAAGGGUUUUAAAUCCCAUUUGAAUCUGUAUUUUCUAUUUAUAAUAUUCUUCACUGCUUUUAUUGGUGCAGGAUUCUUUGUAAGUGUGCUCCUGUUGUGCUGAUUCACAGCAAGUUUUAUUGCUAAGUUUGUUCAAGUUCCUCCCUUGUGUUUUGCUGAACAGAGAAAAGUUGUUUCGACAAAUGUGGUGUUCAUAUUGAAAUAUUGCAAAUGCUUUAUUUGUACAACUUUUUUUUUGCUUGUUUGUGGUUUUAUUGCACUGAAUGGAAUCAGUUCACAUUGUUUCACGUAGUGUCUAUGACAUUCUCACAUUUCAUGCACUGGCUUUGGAUGCUGUUCACUAUACCUUUUCUUUAACUUAAAAUGUGAACAAAGAAGUUAUUUUUACAUGUUUGCCAAUGCUACCUAAAUCUACCAUGUGCAUUGACCACAAUUUAGCUACAAUCCAUUUCAUAGAAAUAUGGAAGUUUCGCCCAUUUGAAACCGGUCUUUGCUUCAUUAAAAAUAUCUACCAGUAAUUAAUUAAAUUGUUGUUCAAGAAGACAAUGAUGUGUUCAUUUAAAAGAAAACUUUAUAAAGUUUGAACAUUUCUGAACAUAAACAUUUCAGGACAUAUACAAUUCUUUAUAUGAAACAGUAAAUAUCUCUUAUGGUGAACACUCUUAAAAGUAAUUCCAAAAUAAA